AUGAUUGUGGAACGACUAUUUCUGGCUUUUAUGCUCGCAUUGGGUAUAGUAGCUAGUGUACUUCCUCAUACGAACAAAAAUGAAUCCAUCUUGGAUGCACCAAAUCGACUGGUCUUCUCUCAUUUCAUGAUGGGAAUCACCAGCACUAGAAAAAGCGCUGCAGAUUACGAUGACGACAUGAAAAGAGCAAAAGCACUUGGAAUUGACGCCUUCGCACUGAAUAUCGGGACAGACCCAUUUACUGAACAACAGCUUGAGUUUGCUUUUGAAUCUGCCGCCACAAAUUCUAUGAAAGUCUUUCUAUCAUUUGAUUUCAACUGGUGGAAGCCUGAACAGGUUUCGACAAUUGGCCAGAGAAUUGUUAAAUACGCUUCCAAGCCAGGCCAAUUGAUGGUCGAUAACAAGAUCUUUGUCUCAUCGUUUUCUGGUGAUGGAUUAGAUGUUGCUGCAUUACGUGCGGCUGUUGGAAAACCUAUCUUCUUUGCGCCCAACUUUCAUCCAUCUCAGGGGACCAAUAUAGCGCCUGUUGAUGGCCUUUUGAAUUGGAUAGGCUGGCCCAAUAAUGGCGAGAAUAAAGCUCCGACAGCGAGUCAAAAUGUCACAGUGAAAGAUGGUGACGAUGUCUAUAUCAAGGCUUUGUCUGGCAAAGCAUAUAUUGCACCUGUUUCACCUUGGUUUUUUACCCACUUCGGCGCAGAAGUUUCUUACAGCAAAAAUUGGGUAUUCCCAUCUGACUUAUUGUGGUACAAUCGAUGGAGAGAGGUAUUGUCUUUGGGAUCACGUUUCAUCGAGAUUAUAACAUGGAAUGACUACGGCGAGUCUCACUAUAUUGGGCCCUUGAGUUCUCCUCAUACAGACGAUGGUGCAUCAAGAUGGGCUAAUGAUAUGCCUCAUUCCGGAUGGUUAGACAUGUCUAAGCCAUUCAUAGCCGCUUUUAAAGCCGGUGCAUCUUCCCCAGAUAAGUAUAUUACAAAGGAUGAGUUAAUCUACUGGUAUCGUCCAGCGCCACGCGAUGUGAACUGCGAUGCAACAGAUACAUGUAUGGGGCCAGCGAAUAAUGGUAGUGGAAACUACUUUGAGGGUCGCCCAGAUGGCUGGCAGUCAAUGUCUGACUCUGUAUUCGUGGUUUCUCUUUUGACGGCCCCUGCAUCGGUAACAGUCAAUAGUGGAGGCACAGUAUACAAUUUUGAUGCACCAGCAGGAGCAUAUGCCCAAGCUGUUCCGAUGCAUAUUGGAACUCAAGUAUUUUCCGUCAGUCGUGGAGGCAAAGACGUUCUCUCGGGAACCAGCUUGAAGCCAAUCAUUGAUGGCUGCCAGUGUGGUCUUUAUAACUUCAACGCCUACGUUGGCACUCUUCCACCAGGACCCAGUGAUCCACUUCUGCCAGAAGGACUGGGUGCGUUCACCCAGGGAUUACGUGUUACAACUUGUCGUCCGACUCCAUCCCUUGGAACUAAACCUCCUACGCCACCAACUACUUCGACUUCAAGUAUACCCACUACACCCGGCAGCUCCACAUCCCCUCCAACUUCAUCACCUCCUACUACUUCAUCUCCCUCUAAAACCUCAUCGCCUCCUGGUUCUUCAACACCACCUCCGCCAACAUCGACACCACCUGACGCUCUGACUCCUCCAACCACUAAACCAGCAGGAGGCUGUUCUGCCGUGACAACAACAAUCAGUUCAAUCCAACCAACUUCCCCCACUAGUGGUGAUGGUAGUAAUGGUGGCAAUGUGUGUAUUGCAGGACAAGGACAAGGUAACUUUAUUGGACUAUGCGCCUUUGCUUGUCGCUACGGCUAUUGUCCUUCUGGUCCAUGCACAUGUAUUCAGUAUGGAGCGCAAGUUCCCGUUCCACCUAAAUCUGGAGGAAAUGGCACACCUCUCAAGUCAGAGGACAAUUCUUACCUUGGUCUAUGUGCUUUUGCAUGUAGCCAUGGAUACUGUCCUUCGACCGCAUGUGCGCAAGCUUGA